CCGCGCACCAGCAGUCUUCCUCCACAUCUCUCUGCUCUCCAUUGCGCAGCGCAGCAAGCAGCAAUGGCUUCCGUCCUGGCCCCCGGCCUGCUCAGGCAGCGCUUCGCCAGCCCCGCCGCCUCUCAGCGUGUCUUCUCGACCCUCACGAGCGCGGCCGCACGCCAGUCUUCGCCGCUCAUCCAGCAGCUCCGCCCGGCCUUUGCGCGCUCAGCAGUGCCCAAGACGGCCCGCAUCGCUGCCUUCCAUGCCACCCAGCGCCACCAGAUCCUGCCCCCGCUGCCCCAGAAGAUCGAGGGAAGCGUCAACACGGCCGUCCCGGUCCCCAACCCAGACUACUCCCACGGCAGCUACCACUGGAGCUUCGAGCGCCUCCUCGCCGCUGGCCUUGUCCCGCUCACCGUCGCCCCGUUCGCCGCUGGCUCGCUGAACCCCGUCACCGACUCGAUUCUGUGUGCUCUGCUGGUACUUCACUCGCACAUUGGUUUUGAGGCCUGUAUCAUCGACUACUUCCCCAAGAAGCGCAUCCCGAAGCUUCGCGCCGCGGCUCACUGGGCUCUUCGCUUCGCUACUGUCGGCCUGGGAGUUGCUCUCUACUCGUUCGAGACAAAUGACGUUGGUAUCACGGAGCUGGUCGCAAGGUUGUGGCACGCUUAGAUUGGCUCUCUCGUUCGCCGGUGCGAGUGCGGAAGGUGUAUAUACAAGGAGACCACCGGAAGAGGAGGGAACUCGCGGAAGGGUGGCUUUGUGACAUGUACGUGUAUUUGGAAAUCGAAAUGCU